AUGAAGUGCUCCUCUCCCAGUAAAAUUGAUAGGGUGACUCAUCACAAUUUUGUAUCAUCUCUGAGAACGUGGUGUAAUGCUGAUACUGACUUAAUUCCAAGUGACACUGACCUCAAGCUCGCCUGGAUUAAUCAAAUUUCUGAGAGGCUGCUCGUAGGAGCCAAGGUUGACUUGACGAAGGUUGUGUCUUUGGACGGACUCAGCAGGGUCGAGGUCGACUUUUUGAAGCUGGCAGUGCCAAACUUGGCUUAUUUUGCCAAGUCUCCGCAUUCGACCACUACCAACGAAGCCUCCUUACUGCUUCUUCAGAGCUGGGACGGCGUCCCAAUCUCACUAUCUGACUCGGAUAGUGCUGUCGCCAGCAUUCUCAUAAACAAGUUAAAGUUCAAAAACAUAAUUCUGAAGCUUUUGACCAACGCUUCCAAUGACAAGAGGAUAACGAGGAUGCGAUCUUUCAUCGUAAAUCCCACUGAAAUGGACCUUUCAAGAUCAACUUCGUCUGAUGACGACGAAAUCUCACCGUCCAAUACCUCCAACGGCGUCGACUCCCCUCAGUGUUCUCACCCUAACCAGUGUAAGGAAUGCAACCACUGCCACGAGUGCUGUCAUUGUAAGGACUGUAGCUGUUCUGGUCACACCAGUUGUUGCAACGACUGUAAAGCUUGUGAUCAUUGUAUUCACUGCAAUAACUGUGAUCAUUGUAAAGCUUGUAUUCACAGCAAUUGCUCUAACAAUUGUGAUCUUUGCAAUGAUUGCCUUAAUGGUAGUCUCUGUAGCCACUGCAAAGAUGGAAAUCAUGGUUGUCAUUGCAAUGAUUGCCUUAAUGGUAGUCUCUGUAGCCACUGCAAAGAUGGAAAUCAUGGCUGUCAUUGCACUCACUGUGAACACAAUCCUCGAAAUGCUAGUCUACACAAUUCACCUCAAAGUAACCCACUCUCGCCCACUCCACUCGCAGCUCAAGCUGGUUCUUCAUCACCUCAACACAAUGUUGAGUUCCAGGGCAUGUUCAACAGGAGAAGGGUGCCCAAACUCCACAUUGAGUACGUCGAGCCAACUCCAGACCUCCUUUCAUCCAACUACGUCUGCUUCAAGAGCAGAUCCCCUCGUAGAUAUUAUCAUCACAGCUGUUUUUCCGAGGACUCUAAGGACACCAAAUGGGCUGAAUCUCUUAGGGGUGGAUUCAUUCCCUCUCACUUUCGCUUCAAUUCCUGA